UAGGGGAGUCUUACUGUGCAACCGCAUCCUCAAGGGUAACACGAAACCUGCUUAAUACUUAUCAUCGCCAAGAAACAGACUUGCAAUGAUUUUGUUUCAGUGGAUCUUGAAGAUUGUUGUAGUGGCUUUCUGGCCCUCGACGGCUACAGCUUCAUCAAUUCUGAUAAAAGCAUGUACCACUGGAAAUUUGACUUUACAAUGCCACGGUUUUACUAACGUGAGGACAAUCGAUUAUAUUGAAUGGAGGAUACGAGUUGGUGACAAACUGACAAACCGUUAUCAUUGCUUGAUGUCCGACGAUGGGUGCACAGUACAAGGGUCCGCUCCCGAAGGACUCAAGGUGCUAUCCGUUUCUAAAAAAAACAUUACCAUAGAGCGCUCCGAAGAAAACGGUCCGAUAAAUCAUGUCAAGAUAUCAUGUGAAGUGAAUCGUGACUCCUCUACAGCUAGUGAUAGCUAUGAGAUCAAGUUUACUGUUAAGUGUAAGUAUCGAAACAAUUAGUUAUAUUACAACUGUGGCUUAGUUGCCAGGCCACCCUAAAGCAGGAGUGAGGCUGGGGUUAAACUUGUCAUGAUAGAGACGAGAGACAACUUAAACUCGGUUCAAAUGGUCAUGAUAG